AUAGUUGCAUUUAUAAUCGAUCUUAUUUUCUACAUUGUAUAUUACACUAAACGAAUAAAGUUGCAAUUAAAAUGAAUUUCCGAAUUAUCCAAAGCAAAGCGACUUAUUUAAAUGCAACUAGCCUGUUGCGGAAACAGCACCGUCAAUUGGCCACCCAAGUUGCCGCUCAACCCAAACGAAAUGCCAACAGUCAAAAUAUAGUGUUGGUGGAAGGCGUCCGUACGCCUUUCCUGACAUCUGGCACCGCCUAUUCUAACCUAAUGCCCCAUGAAUUGGCCAGACACUCAUUACUAUCGCUGUUGCAAAAGAGUCGCCUGGACAAGGAGCUCAUCGAUUAUAUAGUCUAUGGCAGUGUCAUACAGGAAGUCAAGACCUCUAAUAUUGCGCGCGAAGCUGCUCUUUCAGCUGGAUUCAGCGAUAAGACUCCCGCACAUACUGUUACCAUGGCUUGCAUCAGUUCCAAUGCGGCAAUUACCACUGGCAUGGGCUUGAUUGCCACCAAUACUUAUGAUGUGAUUGUCGCUGGUGGCGUUGAGUUCAUGUCCGAUGUUCCAAUUCGUCACUCGCGUAAGAUGCGGUCGCUUAUGCUGAAGGCCAACAAGGCAAAGACUGUCGGGCAACGUUUGUCUUUACUGUCCACCUUUAGACCUGGUUUCCUGGCACCAGAAUUGCCUGCUGUGGCAGAGUUUUCAUCGGGAGAGACAAUGGGCCACUCUGCUGAUCGCUUGGCGUCCGCUUUCAAUGUUUCGCGUAGCGAGCAGGAUGACUACGCGCUGAGAUCUCACACAUUGGCCAAACAAGCGCAGGAAAAGGGUUACUUUACGGAUCUGGUGCCAUUCAAGGUGCAGGGCGUCGAUAAAGUGGUGGACAAGGACAACGGCAUUCGUGUCUCUACGCCUGAAAGCUUAGCAAAGCUCAAGCCUGCUUUUGUCAAACCCUAUGGCACAAUUACAGCAGCCAACGCCUCAUUUCUGUCUGACGGCGCAUCCGCCUGUCUGGUCAUGACCGAGCAGAAGGCGAAGGAACUGGGGCUGAAACCCAAGGCAUUCUUACGUGAUUUUCUUUAUGUAUCUCAAGAUCCAGUCAACCAACUGCUUUUGGGUCCAGCCUAUGGAAUUCCAAAAUUGUUGAAAAAAGUUGGACUCGGUCUAAAGGACAUUGACACUUGGGAGAUUCAUGAAGCUUUUGCCGGUCAAAUUGUUGCAAAUUUGAAAGCUUUAGACUCGGAGUGGUUCUGCAAAACAUAUUUGGGCUUAAACGAAAAAUUCGGCUCGCCGGAUCUAUCCAAGUGGAACAAUUGGGGCGGUUCGCUGUCUAUUGGUCAUCCAUUUGCUGCCACUGGCGUGCGUCUUUGCAUGCACACCGCAAACCGUCUGGUUCGUGAAGAUGGCAAAUUUGGAGUGGUGGCAGCUUGUGCUGCUGGUGGCCAAGGUGUUGCCAUGCUUAUUGAACGUUAUCCUGGCGCAAAUGCCGACUGAAAAUACCCCCUGCUACUUUAUAAUAAGCAAUUAAAUUAAAUAAAAACAAUUUAAUACAUUUUACACUAAA